AUGGAUCGGACUUGGGUGAUUAUAUUGACGCUUGCGUCAGCCGUGGCCGGUGGUCCAACUCGGCAAUCCUGGGGAUCUGAUGGGCGGCGCGGCAGCAACUUUGGACCCGGCGGCAACUUUGGCGGUGGCUCUAAUCGUGGUGGCGUCCAUGGAGGUGGCUUUGGUGGUGGUGGCUCUCAUGGUGGAGGCUUCUAUGGUGGAGGCCCUUAUAGUGGUGGCCCUCGUGGUGGCCCUCGUGGUGGCGGCUCAUAUCACGGCGACGUCUGCAAAGCGCAAGCAUACUCCGACGUCAUUACGCUCCUUUGGGACCACUCUCCAGCACACAGCUAUUGCGAAGCUCACUACCCUAGACAGUGCAUACCACCACCUUCGAAGCGAGGCGAAGCGGGUGACCAUGCGCUGGCGGAGCCUCCAGAGCUUCUAUUCGGAUCAGACACUGCGCCCAAAGCCGUACCAGACUCGCUGGACAAACGGAAAGGCUGGUUCGACUGGAACGCAGAGAAGAAGCAAUCCACCUGGGCAUCCUGCAAAGCGAAAUCCGGCCCAUACCUGUCGACGGUGUGCUCGUGUCUACAGGCGACCAAGACUUGCAGUACUGCAUCAUCGACAGGUACCGCCUCCCAGACGACAGUCUCAACGACAACUGUGGCAAUGACCACAUCACUGACCACAUCACCGUUCAUAGCACCGACCACAUCGCCGACCACGUCAACGAGCACGUCGACGACCGCAUCAGCGACCACAUUACCAUCACUCACACUUCCAACACCAUCAUCAACAACAGUGGCAUGUGUAGCCAACCUCCCAGCAGCCUGCGCCAGCCUCUCACUCGUGAGCGGUGUCGACCUACAACUUGCCGCCGCUAACUGCCAGAUCGCUGUCCUUGAUGUUCUGAACGUCGGCACCUUGCCAGAUUCCCUCAACUGCCUCGCCGCGUCCAACGUGGUCACCAAGACCGGCCCACAAGUCGCCGCCUGCGUCGCCAACUCAGGCCUCUUCUGUGCGACCACAUCAACGACCACAACGACGACAACAACGACGACCACAUCCUCAGCUUCAUCAGCACUCUCCUCAAGUCCUCCUUUCUCAAUAAAUCCUAUGUCGAUCGCAACUUCGACCUCUUCAGCGACCACUCCGUCCUCGAUUGCUACGACAACAGUAUCUAUGACCGAUACUUCGUUCACUUCCUCAUCAACAACUCUUUCAAGCACCCUGCCGGUCAGCAUGAUCACAACGACAUUUGCAAACACAACUACGGCACUGAAUGCCACUACGUCCAUCUCUGGCAUCACUACCACAACCAUGUUCACCAACGCUACUAUAACGACGCCUUCUACUACGACCUCGAAUACGACGUCAACAAUAACCAUUGCAACAUCCUCAUCGACCUCGUCGAGUUUGACAAUGUCCUCGUCAGGUCCGUCCUUUCCAGUUGAUCCUGUGUCAUUCACAACCUCGAGUGCUUCAUCGAUCACUCCGUCCUCGAUUGUUAGCACGACAGUAUCUGCAAACACCACCUCGAUCAGCUCUCCAACAACAACAACUCCGCUCACUACCGUUUCAGCCAGCCUCAUCACAACAAUUGCCACGAAUGUCAGCACGACAGCGGAUACUACUGCCACCACCUCUGCUAUCACGACUACAACUACGUCUACCAACGCCAGUACGAUCACGUCCGUCGACACGACCAUGAUGACAAUCUCGAACAUGACGACCAUCACGACCACCUUCUCUUCGACAACUCCAUUCGUUACAGUGACAUCCAAUUCCACUGCAACGACAGGAACGUCCACAAGUCUCACCAUGACAGCAUCGGUGAAUGCGACCUCAAUCACACUGACAACUUUCACCACCACAGCGUCCGUCAACGGCACGACAACGACGUCUGCCGAUCCGAUUACAACAACGUUUUCUAACGUAACUUCGACAGUGGCCACGGACACAAUAUCGACAACAUCUGCAAUCGACACAAGCACGACGGAUCUCACCACAACAACAACAUUCGCAAACACCACUGCUACCGCGUCCGUUGACAUGACCACGAUGACGUCCUCGAACAUGACCACGCCAUCCAUCACUGAUACCACAUCGACCACGUCUACAAGUGCUACAAGCACUGCGGACCUCACUACAACAGCAUCCGAUAACGCCACCACGACUAUGUCCACCGAAACGACCACGACGACGUCCUUGAGCAUCACCUCGACAUUCGACGCAAGCACAACAUCGAUCACACCCGUUAUUGACACAACCACUGCUUCAUUGACAAGUACCCCGACGUUAUUCCCAACCAGCACAGCGCCCAUAAACUCUACCGACACGACCGUUGAGAAUGUGAAGCGUAUGGCGAGACUGAAAGUGGCGAGAGCCGGACGGGGUUACGGGCUAGAUGGGAAUGCAGCUGACAGGGACGAGGCGAAGCGCUAUGCAGAGCCUAGGUAUUGGGGAUGA